AUGAUUAUGUUUCCUCUUUUUAGGAAGAUUUCUCUGGGUAUUUUGAUACUUUUCCUGAUAAAAGGAAACCUUCCAUCAUUAACAGCACAAACCUACUUAUCUUUAGAGGAGACCCAGGAACCCGAAAGUGCAGUUUCUUUUCUCCUGCCUGAAGAAUCAACAGACCCUUCUCUAGCUACUAAGAAGAAACAGCCUCUGGACGACACAGAAGCUGAGAGAUGGUGGUUACUCAGAAGGCGGAGAUCUAUUAUGUUUCCUAAUGGAGUAAAAAUCUGCCUGGAAGAAAGUGUUACAGAGGUUGUGGCAAACCAUGUGAAGUAUUUUAAAGUCCGAGUGUGUCAAGAAGCUGUCUGGGAAGCCUUCAGGACUUUUUGGGAUCGACUUCCUGGGCGUGAGGAAUAUCUUUACUGGAUGAAUAUGUGUGAGGAUGGAAACACAAGUAUAUUUGAAAUUGGCACAAAUUUUAGUCAGUCUGUGGAACAUCGAAGCUUAAUUAUGAAGAAACUGACUUAUGCAAAGGAAACUGUAAGCAGCCCUGAAUUAUCAUCUCCAGUUCCUGUUGGCGAUACCUCAACAUUGGGAGGUGCUGCUCUCAGCAUUUCGUAUCCAGCAGUGGCCUCCUUUGAGGGUGCCUCAGAGAGCAGCUUGGAGAGGCCAGAGGAGAGUAUUAGCAAUGAAAUUGAGAAUGUGCUAGAAGAACCCACACAACCAGCAGCUGAACAGAUUGCAGAAUUCAGUAUCCACCUUUUGGGGAAGCAAUACAGGGAAGAACUCCAGGACCCCUCCAGCUUCCACCACCAGCACCUUGUGGAAGAGUUUAUUUCAGAGGUUGCAAAUGCAUUCACUGGGUUACCAGGCUACAAGGAUAUUCGUGUACUUGAAUUUAGGUCCCCCAAGGAAAAUGGCAGUGGUAUUGAUGUUCACUAUGCUGUUACUUUCAACGGCCAGGCCAUCAGCAAUACGACCUGGGACCUAAUUAGCCUUCACUCCAACAAGGUAGAAAACCAUGGCCUUGUGGAAUUGGAUGAUAAGCCCACUGCUGUUUAUACAAUUAGUAACUUCAGAGAUUAUAUUGCCGAGACACUGCACCAGAAUUUUUUGCUGGGGAACACCUCUUUGAAUCCAGAUCCUGACUCCCUUCAGCUUAUCAAUGUGAGAGGAGUUUUGCUUCCCCAAGCUGAAGAAGUUUGGAACACCCAAAGCUCAAGUCUUCAGGCAACGCCGUCAUCUAUUCCGGAUAAUACCCUUCAAGCUGCAUGGCCCUCAGCAGAUGAAUCCACCACCAGCAGUGUUUCACCACUUGAUUUCAGCUCUGGUCCUCCCUCAACCACUGGCAGGGAACUUUGGUCAGAAAGUCCUUUGGGUGAUUUAGUGUCUACACGCAAAUUAGCCUUUCCCUCGAAGAUGGGCCUCAGCUCUCCCCCAGAGGUUUUAGAGGUUAGCAGCUUGACUCUUCAUUCUGUCACCCCAGCAGUGCUUCAGACUGGCUUGCCUGUGGCUUCUGAGGAAAGGACUUCUGGAUCUCACUUAUUAGAAGAUGGAUUAGCCAAUGUUGAAGACUCAGAAGAUUUUCUUCCUAUCCAUCCAUUGCCUUCAAUUUCAUUCACUCAACCUGUGCCAAAAGAAAUAGUACCAUCCAUGGAAGACUCUGGUGUGUCCUUAACAUCCUCACCAUAUCUGACCUCCUCUGUCACAUUAGAUCUUCUUGCUAACGAAAUAACUGUACCUUCUGGCUUGUCCUUGACCUCCAAAGUCAAAGACCAAUUAGAAGUGAGCCCUUUGCUGCCAGACACAUCCAUGGAAAAAGACUUUGUAUUUGAGAGUGGUUUAGGUUCAGGGUCUGGACAAAAGGCAGAUGUGAUUACUUGGCCAUGGAGUGAGACUUCAUUAGAGAAGAGCACUGAACUUCUGUCCAAAUCAUGGCCUGAAGAUGAGGAUUCACUUUUGCCAGCUGAAGGUGAAGAUGAGAAACUAGUUAUGGUUGACAAAAUGGAUGCCACAGAUGAUAGAUCCACAGACUUUACAGAGGAAGAGCCUCUUGGUGGACCUACUGUGCCCAUCUUUGUAGAGACUGCAGCUCAGUCUGCAUCUCUAACUCUCCCCAAACACACAUCAGAGGUACCUGACAUUGAUGAUUACUCAGUUACUGAAGCCCCUCUUCUACUGGCACCUGUAACAAUCUCUGCUUCUACUGAUAAGCCUGAUCAAGUAGGUACCUUCCUAAAGGAGGAUAUGGAACAAACUAGAGAGUCAUUUCACCAAGAAUGGCUUGACAGCAAGGUUUCAGUGGCGAAGCCAGAUGUGCAACCUUUGUGGACUGUAUUGCCAGAAUCAGAUAUAGUUUGGGCAAGAACUUCUUCCCUAGGGAAAUUGUCCAGAGACACAUUGGCGAGUACACCACAGAGUACUGACAGACUCUGGUUGAAAGCUUCCAUGAUGCAGUCUACUAAAUUGCCUCCAACCACAAGCUCCACCCUGCUGGAGGAUGAAGUAAUUUUGGGCGUACAGGAUAUUUCAUUAGAACUGGACCGGGUAGGCACAGAUUACUAUCAGCCUGAGCUAAUCCAAGAGCAAAAUGGCAAGGUUGGUAGUUAUGUGGAAAUGUCUACGAAAGCUCACCCCACAGAGAUGGCUAGUGUGACUUGGCCAACAAAAGGAGAUGACUUGAGUUAUACCCAGACUGCAGGAGCUUUGGUAGUUUUCUUCAGCCUCCGAGUGACUAACAUGAUGUUUUCAGAAGAUCUGUUUAAUAAAAACUCCUUGGAGUAUAAAGCCCUGGAGCAAAGAUUCUUAGAAUUGCUGGUUCCCUACCUCCAGUCAAAUCUCACAGGGUUCCAGAAUUUAGAGAUCCUCAACUUCAGAAAUGGCAGUAUUGUGGUGAACAGCCGAAUGAAGUUUGCCAAUUCUAUCCCUCCUAAUGUCAACAAUGCUGUGUACAUGAUUCUGGAAGACUUCUGCACCACUGCCUACCAAACCAUGAACUUGGCUAUUGAUAAAUACUCCCUUGAUGUGGAAUCAGGUGAUGAAGCCAACCCUUGCAAGUUUCAGGCGUGCAAUGAAUUUUCCGAGUGUCUGGUCAACCCCUGGAGUGGAGAAGCAAAGUGCAGAUGCUACCCUGGGUACCUGAGUGUGGAAGACCUGCCCUGUCAGAGUCUCUGUGACCUACAGCCUGACUUCUGCUUGAAUGAUGGGAAGUGUGACAUUAUGCCUGGACAUGGGGCCAUUUGUAGAUGCAGAGUGGGUGAGAACUGGUGGUACCGAGGAGAGCACUGUGAGGAGUUUGUGUCCGAGCCCUUGGUCAUAGGCAUCACCAUAGCCUCCGUGGUUGGCCUUCUCCUCGUCUGUUCUGCGGUCAUCUUCUUCCUCGUCAGAACUCUUCAAGCACAGAAUGUCAGGAGAGAAGGAGAGAGGCCUUUUCGUGGCUCCAUCAGGCAGCCUGACAGCCUCUCAUCUGUUGAGAAUGCUGUGAAGUGCAACCCCGUGUAUGAAAGCCACGGGGCCGGACGUGAGCAGUAUGAGGGACCCUAUCCUCAGCAUCCCUUCUACAGCGCUGCGGGUGGAGAGAUGAUUGGUGGCCUGAGCAGAGAAGAAAUCAGACAGAUGUAUGAGAGCAGCGAGCUUUCCAAAGAGGAAAUUCAAGAAAGAAUGAGAAUUUUGGAACUGUAUACCAAUGACCCUGAGUUUGCAGCUUUUGUGAGAGAACAUCAAAUGUAAGCAUUUGAAAGAAAC